UCAAGGACCAAAUUCAGGACCGGAAAAAAAUGGAAGUGAAGGAUGGCAAUGCUGCCAUGCUGAGUAACUACGAGGUGUUUAAACUCCUCACAGAUCUGAAGGAACAGAGAAAAGACAGUGGGAAGAACAAACACAACACUGGACAGCAGAACUUAAACACCAUCAUGUAUGAGACGUUGAAGUAUUUGUCGAAGACUCCUUGCAGCAGACAGAGUCCUGAAAUUGUCAAAGAAUUCCUGUCCACCAUGAUGCCCCACAAACUAACAAAGGCAGAGAAGCUGCAGCUGCUGAAUUACAGGCCACAAACUGCAGUGGAGAUCCAGUUGAUGGUAGAAGAGAGCGAGGAACGGUUAUCUGAGGAACAAAUUGAGGAGCUCAUCCAGACAGUUACGGACAUCCUUCCUGGUGACCCAGAACAAGACAAUGCAGCCCCAGGAGAUGCAGAGAUGGAUGAGGGCAAUGACCAAUCAUGACUCAACAAUGGACCAAGACCAGCAGUGUCUUGACCCAAAAACUUAUAGAUGAUUUGGGAGACGAUGGGUUUCCUCUUUCACAAAAGCCCAUUUAAAAUAAAGCAAAAUUCUUCUGAGGUGGGAUGCACAAAGGAUACCUGUUAAUAACAGCAGAUGAGAGCUACGACAUUGUGAUAAACGGAGGAUCUCCUUGAAUUGUUAACUCAGGCAUUUCUUGACCUAUCACUCCUUUUUCGUUUAUGUAAUAUUUAGUAUUUAUAGUAGUUGUUAACCAAAGGGAGGAAGGCCAAAGAUGAGGUUUAUGGAUGUGGUGUGGGAGGACAUGCAGGUAGCUGGUGUGACAGGGGAAGAUGCAGAGGACAGGAAGAGGGAAACGGAUGACCCGCUGUGGCGACCCGUAACGGGAGCAGCCAAAAGUAGUAGUAGUAGCAUCAGUAGUAGUUGUUAACCCAAAGGAUUAUGUCUUGUGGGGGAAAAAAGGAUGAUUCAGUUAAGAAUUUGACUGAUUGACAGUCCUUAUUGUAAUGUUUGGUUUUCUAUUUUUCCACACUUGUUACCCUGAUCGAUUUUGUUAUCGUCUUUAUUAAAAGGAGAGUAUCUGA